GGCCCAUUUACUUCUUCCCGUUAAGAUCAUACUUUCAAAACGAUAACAAAGUACAAUUUUGAACAAUUUAUCACUUUUUUUUCACUCGUUUCUUCAAGCGCAUGCAAAUAGACGUACUAUUCGAGUGUUUGUUGCUCUGUUGCUUCCUUCGUCUUCUCUUUUUCAUCUUUCUCUCUUCUAUUUUAGAGAAAGAGACACGAAGCUUUACUUUUAAAAGUUCAAACUUUUCAAAACCCUUUACACUAAACAUGUGAUCAAUCACCUUCCAUAUGAAUCGAUAACGAAAAAGAUUCCUUUUACAAGAUACCCAUUUUGACAAGACACCCAAAAAGGUGAAAUUUUUAUGUUGGGAGUUCAAUUUUGAUUCUUUAAAGUAGAUAUCGAUCGAUACAUAGAGGAAACGAUUGUGAUUGUGAACUCGUUCGUGGGUCUAGACGAUUUAAUUUCUUGCUCAAAUCGAAAUUCGAAAACCAAAUCGUUAAUUUAGGUUUUGGAUAUUCUCAUAUUCUCAUAUUCUCUCCAUUUUUUUACCUAAAAAUGGGGGGAAUGUCGUCUGAUAAUAUACAUGGACUUGUAUUAGCUAUAUCUUCAAGUUUAUUUAUUGGAUCUAGCUUUAUUAUUAAGAAAAAAGGUCUCAUGAAAGCUGGUGCUACUGGAAUUAGAGCAGGUGAAGGAGGCUACACAUACUUGAAGGAACCAUGGUGGUGGGCUGGGAUGGUGAGCAUGAUAAUAGGCGAGGUAGCAAAUUUUGCUGCCUAUGCAUAUGCUCCAGCAAUUCUCGUAACCCCAUUAGGAGCUUUAAGUAUGAUUAUAAGUGCAGUGUUAGCCCAUUAUUUUUUGGAUGAAAGGUUGCAUAUUUUUGGUGUAGUCGGGUGUGCAUUAUGUUUAGUGGGUUCAACCGUAAUUGUCUUGCAUGCCCCACAAGAGACCCAAGUUGACUCGGUUAAACAAGUCUGGUUCUUUGCAACCGAGCCAAGAUUCCUGGUCUAUGCCUUUCUUGUUUUGGUUUUUGUUGGUGUGCUUAUUUACCGUUAUGUGCCGUUAUAUGGUGGGACCCAUUUGGUCAUAUAUGUCGGGAUUUGCUCUCUCAUGGGCUCCCUCACGGUUAUGUGUGUGAAAGCAGUGGGAAUUGCCAUGAAGCUAUCAUUUUCUGGAAGUAACCAAUUUAUAUACUUCCAAACAUGGAUUUUCACCUUGCUACUAUUCGUUUUCUGUCUCACACAACUCAACUACUUGAACAAGGCACUAGAUACCUUCAAUACUGCUGUCAUUUCACCUGUAUAUUAUGUCAUGUUUACAAGCCUCACCAUUUUAGCCAGUAUGAUCAUGUUCAAGAAUUGGAAUCAUCAAAAUGCGACACAAAUUGUGACAGAAUUGUCUGGUUUUGUGACAAUUUUUUCGGGGACUUUUCUUCUUCAUAAAACAAAGGAUAUGGGAACUCCAGUGGUGGUGGAAUCACCUAAGCUUUCACAUUCUGUAACUAGAAGCACAAAUGAAAGCCCCAGGCGGCCGGAGGUGUGAAUCUCACCGGUUGUUAGCGGUGGUGGUGGUGGUGGUAGGCCGGAAUAUUAACCUCCGGUGGCCGGAAUUCUGACAUGUUAGAUUGCUAACGGUUGUGGGUGGUUUUGUGGUGGAUUAGAGGCAUAUGGUGUCAAGAUGCUGUGAGAAAUCAGAAACAUGAGAAAUCUGUUCAGGAAUUUAGCGACAUUUUCUUACAUUUUUAUUGGUUAUUUUGAUUAUUUUUUUUGUGGUUUAUGAUGUUUAUAUUCUGGCGAAUUUGUAGGUAUUAAUUUGUAGGUCUAACUUUUCAAAUUUUUGAUAUUUGAUUUAACAGAUCGAUCGACAAUGAUGCAAUUAAGAUAGUUGGUUUUCAAA